AUGGCGUCCCCUACCACCCCGUCCCUCCUCCACCAAUCUCAGCUGCCGAAUACCCCUCCUCACAUCGGGCCACCGGAGAGCCGCUCGCAACCCUCAGCUCCUCACGACAACGCUCCCUCCAGGAAGUUCCUCCUACCUUACCCUGUCUCUCCUCCCACUUCUCGGGCUAUCGCCUCUCCCGCCAACUCUCUGUCAUCUCUCGAACAGCCCCGCGAUCUGCUCUCCCUGUCGCGCCAAGCUUCCCACGCCCCCAACCCUUCCCCCUCCACCUCCACCGGGUCGGCCCUAGGGGUGCCUGCUUACUCCCCCACGCCCCUCGCAGCCGCCGCUCUCACUCCGCCCCCGAUCGGCCUGGCGUCUCCGCAGGCCUUAGCUGCUGCAGCAGCCCCCAACUCCUCGGCCACCCGCGCAACUCCUACGCGUCCGUCGACGCAGGCUCCACCUUGGCUCCGGCGCUGCCCAUCUCGCUCUUUGCCUCGCCCAAUCCGGGUGCUCCCCCCCCGCAAUCUGCGGCGCGCGCGCACGGACGCCGCCCCCUCGCUGCUUUUCCCUCUGCGCCGCCGCGUGGUAGUCACCGUCCUUCUCCCGAAAGCCGGGCUGGAGUCGUACCGAUCUGAAAUUCUCGCUGGUAUCAAUGCGCAGCUGUGUGGCUUUAUGUUUGCUUCUGGCAUUAUCCCCUUCGUCGAGCAGACCGUUGGGGACCCCUACCGCGUGGCCCGCCGCGUGUAUGGCCGCCUGCUCUUCUCAUGGCCGUCGCAGGAAGAUGCUGCGGCCUUCCGCAAGCUUUUUCCCCUCACCCUCAAAGUCUCCAAUUCCCGCCCCCUGCUGCUUAAGGUUUUUGAGGAUAGGUUUGCAGCCUUCACGGCUGCCAAGGCCGCCGGCGCACCGACCCUGUCUAUCCGCAAUAUCCCUCUGGACUUUGACCCAGAGGACAUCCACGCCUACCUUCUCGGCUCCACCAAAUCUGAUGGCUCGCACUAG